AUGGUGAAGAACAGGCACGUGGGCUGCAGAAAGGAAGAGAGGCUAUUUGAAGAAAAGUAUAUGAAGGAGAGAAUUUGGGAACGGAAAGAGCUCUCAUCAGUGGAUUAUCCUUUUGUAUAUUUGAAAGCUGAUGGUGCCCGGAAGGCCUGGCCUUGCAGUUGCCAUACCCCAUUCCGAGGGCUCGUCUCCCUCCUGAGCGGAGGGUCCCAGCGGGAGCACAGGGUUUUUCCCGAGCAUCAGGACUUUUCCCCUCGGUUACAGGGUAUUUUUUUUUCUUUUCUACCCUUGCAGAUUGGAACACUGAAGGAUUACUACCACUUCUACCAUAGUAAAACAAUUAAAAGGUCAGUUCUCUCAAGUAGAGGUACCCACAGCUUCAUUUCAAUGGAACCAAAGGUGGAGUGGAUACAACAGCAGGUGGUUAAAAGAAGAAUAAAGAGGGAUUAUAAACCUGGUGGUACCCAGUCCACUUACUUCAAUGAUCCCAAGUGGCCAAGCAUGUGGUACAUGCACUGCAGCGAUAACACCCAUCAUUGCCAAUCAGAUAUGAACAUAGUAGGUGCUUGGAAGAGAGGCUACACUGGAAAGAAUGUUGUGGUCACCAUCCUGGAUGACGGCAUUGAAAGAAACCAUCCAGACUUGAUGCAGAAUUAUGAUUCGCAGGCCAGUUUUGAUGUCAAUGGAAACGAUUUUGACCCGAUGCCGCGAUACGAUGCCAGCAACGAGAACAAGCAUGGAACCCGUUGUGCUGGAGAAGUGGCAGCCACAGCAAACAACUCACACUGCACAGUGGGAAUCGCCUUUAAUGCCAAGAUUGGAGGCGUACGGAUGCUGGAUGGGGACGUGACAGACAUGGUGGAGGCAAAGUCUCUGAGCCUUAACCCGCAGCACAUCCACAUCUACAGCGCCAGCUGGGGGCCUGAUGAUGAUGGUAAGACUGUGGACGGACCUGCUUCUCUAGCACGUCAGGCCUUUGAGAACGGCAUCAGAAUGGGACGAAGAGGCCUAGGCUCAGUUUUUGUUUGGGCAUCUGGAAAUGGUGGAAGGAGUCGCGACCACUGCUCCUGUGAUGGCUACACCAAUAGCAUCUACACUAUCUCUAUAAGCAGUACAGCUGAAAGUGGGAAGAAACCCUGGUAUCUGGAAGAAUGUGCAUCCACACUAGCUACGACAUACAGCAGUGGGGAAUCCUACGACAGGAAAAUAAUCACCACAGACCUGAGGCAGCGUUGCACAGACAGCCAUACGGGAACCUCAGCCUCUGCACCUAUGGCUGCAGGCAUCAUUGCACUGGCACUGGAAGCAAAUCCAUUUCUGACCUGGAGAGACAUACAGCAUAUUAUUGUAAGGACUUCACGUGCAGGACAUCUGAAUGCUAAUGACUGGAAAACCAAUGCAGCUGGUUAUAAGGUGAGCCACCUCUAUGGAUUUGGCCUGAUGGAUGCUGAAGCAAUGGUGCUAGAAGCGGAAAAGUGGACGACAGUCCCUCCACAGCAUAUGUGUGUGGAGAACACGGAUCGACAAAUCAAAACUAUACGACCUGACAGUGUCGUCCGUUCCAUUUACAAAGCCACGGGCUGCUCUGACAACCCCAACCACCACGUGAUCUACUUGGAGCACGUGGUUGUGCGCAUCACGAUCACCCACCCUCGACGUGGAGACCUGGCCAUUUACCUGACCUCCCCUUCAGGAACCAGGUCACAGCUGUUGGCCAACAGGUUAUUUGAUCAUUCCAUGGAAGGAUUUAAAAACUGGGAGUUUAUGACUACUCACUGCUGGAGUGAAAAAGCAGCCGGUGACUGGAUCUUGGAAAUCUGUGACACUCCUUCUCAGCUGAGAAAUUUCAAGACUCCAGGCAAAUUGAAAGAAUGGUCCUUAGUACUGUAUGGAACAUCCAUCCAGCCUUACUCACCAAGAAAUGAUUUUCCAAAAGUGGAACGAGUGCGCUCUAGUCCGGUUGAAGACCCUACAGAAGAUUAUGGAACAGAUGACUAUUCAGGCCCUUGCAAUGCAGAAUGCAGUAAAGUAGGGUGCGAUGGGCCAGGACCAGACCACUGUACUGACUGCCUACACUACUACUACAAAUCCAAGAAUAACACGCGGAUCUGUGUUUCCAAUUGCCCGCCUGGCCACUACAGUGCAGACAAGAAACGCUGUAAAAAAUGCUCUCCGAAUUGUGAAACCUGUGUUGGAGGUCACAGUGACCAGUGCAUGACCUGUAAAUCGGGCUACUACCUGAAUGAAGUCACCAAUAGCUGCAUUACCAGCUGCCCAGAUGGGUUUUAUCUCGAUAAGAGUAAGAUGGUUUGCCGAAAAUGCAGUGAAAAUUGCAAGACGUGUAUUGAAUUCCAAAUCUGCACAGAAUGCAAACACGGCCUAAGUUUGCAUGGAUCCAAAUGCGCUAUCCGCUGUGAAGAAGGAAAAUACCAUAGUGGUAGUGAUUGUGAACCUUGCCACCGUUCCUGUGCAACUUGUGCAGGUGCUGGAGUAGACUCUUGUAUAAACUGCACACAGGGCUAUUUUAUGGAAGACGGAAGAUGUGUGCAAUCCUGUAGUAGUGGUUAUUACCUUGAUCACUCUACUGAAAGUGGUUAUAAAACCUGCAAAAGAUGUGACGCCAGCUGCGUGGAGUGCAGCGGCCACGGGGAGCGGAACUGCACAAGCUGUCCCAGCGGCUACAACCUCGACUCGGGUGUCUGCGUGGUGGGAACCGUCUGCAAGGAUGGCGAAUAUCUUGAUGAUUCCCAGAAAUGUCAGUUGUGUGAAGCAUCCUGUGAGAAAUGCAUUGGACCUGAGCGGGACAACUGCAUCAGCUGUCCAAGUACAAGAGCCUUUGAUGAUGGUCACUGUGUAAUGCAAUGCCCCAGAGGAAAGUUUGAGAUUAAAGGACAGUGCCAUUUGUGCCAUCACACCUGCCUGGAUUGCAGAGGGAGUGAACCUAACAAAUGCACUGCUUGUGGAACAGACAGGAGAGGCAUCGACCGCUUCCUCUACCACGGGGAGUGCAGGGAGAGCUGCCCGCCGGGGCACUACCACUCGGAGCACGCCUGCCUGCCCUGCGGCCCGCACUGCCAGGCCUGCCCGGGCGCCGGGCGCUGCCAGCGCUGCGCCAGGGGCUACUACCUGGCCCGGGACGGGUGCCAGAAGCACAGCUGCCGAGCAGGUGAAGUGGAAGACCCUGACUCUGAAAACUGCAUAACUUGUGCAGAAGGAUGCCAGCACUGCAAAUGGGAUGACCCGAGAAUCUGCAUGACCUGCAUUCAGAACUACUAUAUGUAUAAGAGCCAUUGCUAUUAUUACUGUCCAGAAAACACCUACAGAGACGAAAUUUCCAUGAAAUGUAUAGAGUGCCCAGACAACUGCAAUACCUGUGGCAAGGAUGAGUGUCACUCGUGUAAGGAAGGCUUUUAUCUCCUAGGUGGUGUAUGCGUGAGCGAGUGUGGAGCUGGUUUCUUCAAGGAUGACAUCUCCAGGGAAUGUGAAGCGUGCCACAAAAGCUGUGCAACGUGUGCUGGCUACAGCUAUGAGGACUGCACCACAUGCAGAGACAACCUGCAAUUAUCCCGUGGUCAGUGCCUGAAUCCAAGAAAUGCUCUGCCCAACGGGAAGUUCUGGAGUGCAUCAAAAACCCAGGUACAGUCCUGUGAUCCUUCAUGUAGGACCUGUGACAAAGAUGCUAACAUGUGUACUUCAUGUCCAGAAGGAAAAUUUCUUAGCCAUGAUAGCUGUGUCUCCGAAUGCCCUGAACAAACUUUUGGCAAUGUGGAAAGCGGGAAGUGCGAGAUGUGCCUGGACGACUGUGCGGUGUGCUCCAACCCCUGGCACUGCCAGAAGGGAUAUUUUAAUGACUCUGGGACUUGCAAGGAAUGCAGUGGAUCCUGUAAGACAUGCACAGGAAGUGCCACCAAAUGCCAGUCCUGUGAGAGUCCUUUGCUUCUGGAACAAUGGGAGUGUAAACAUACCUGUUCAGAGAAGUAUUUUGCUUCUGAAGGAAUCUGCAAGCACUGCCCUCCAAUGUGUCAAGAGUGCAUUCACAGUCAAAUGUGCAAAGUGUGCAUGGACGAGUUCUCCCUGCAUGACGGGAGGUGCGUGGAGGACUGUCCCUCUCACUUCUACGCCGAAGACAAGCAGUGCUUCCCCUGCCACGGGGACUGCAAGGACUGCGACGGGCCCGACGCGGACGACUGCAUCGAGUGCGCGGUCAGCUUCUACGUCCUCUACAAUGGACACUGCUUUGAAGAGUGCCCCGAAGGGACCUACUACGAGGAAGCGACUGAAGAUUGCCAAGCCUGCAAUAGGACAUGCCAGACUUGUUCUUCUUCCACUGCCUGCCUUACCUGCAGACACGGCCUGACGCUGAACCACAACGGGCAAUGUUUGUCAUCCUUGCCCUGCUCCCGCACUGAGUACCACGACGAGCAAAUGCACACCUGCAAGCCUUGCCACAAGAAAUGCCAUCACUGCUCCGGACCCACUGAACACCAGUGCCUUAGCUGUGCAAAUAAUCUCUAUCUUCUCAACACCACUUGUGUUGAAACAUGCCCACCUGGGUAUUUUGUUGACAGCGAGGAGGGACUGUGCUCCCCAUGCCACAGCACCUGUGACACUUGCUCUGGAAAACACAGCUCACAGUGUCUCUCCUGCAAACCGGGCUGGUACAGGAAAGCAAAAGGAUGUGUAAACCAGUGUCCAGCUGGAUACUUUGCACAGAACUCCACUAAAUCAUGUGAGAAAUGCCACAAGACCUGUAAGGAGUGUACGGGACCUCAACCUACAGAUUGCCUUUUCUGUGAUACCUAUUUUUACCUGUUGCGCUCCAAGAACGAAUGCGUUAGCUCUUGCCCUGACUAUUACUACGAAAACAAGGACAGCAACAUGUGUGAGAGAUGUCACCCUUCCUGCAGAACAUGUGAAGGGAGUGGAGCAUUCAGCUGCACUUCUUGCGUAUGGAGCUACACUUUAUUAAGUGGAAUGUGCAACUCAGACUGCCUCGUAGGCGAAUACAGAGCCCAGGAGCCACCAGCAGAAGAGUUCAAGUGUGAGAAAUGCGACAGCACGUGCAUUGAAUGUAAGGGACCCGGGCCCCUCAACUGCACCGUGUGUCCAGCCAGCAUGCAGCUCUCCCUGGAAGAAGGUCGCUGCCUGCCCUGCUGCGGUGCCUCUGACCCGGCUGGCAGCCCAGAGUGCUGCGACUGCAGCGAAACACAAGAUGACUGUGUCUUACGGAUCACUCAACCACCUGAAGGCAAAAGCAAAACAGCUCUCUUUGUUAUCACCUGUAUUUUGCUUCUCCUUGUCAUUGGAGCCAUUAUAUUCAUCUGGAGAAAGUCACGAGCCAAAGCCCAGGCUGCCCAUAAAAAAGGAUAUGAGAAGCUGACAAAUCACCCCAAAGCCUUUCCUUCCUACAUGAACAACUCCCAUGAGAGUACAAGCUAUCAGGAAGAUCAGGUGAUCGAGUUUAGAGACCGAGAUAAUGAAGAUGAUGAUGACGAUGACGAUGAUAUUGUGUAUAUGGGCCAGGAUGGGACAAUCUAUCGUAAAUUUAAAUACGGACUUUUAGAGGAGGAUGAGGAAGAUGAGCUUGAAUAUGAUGAUGAAAGUUACUCAUUUAGAUAA